AUGCAUUCUCACCUCCACACCUCGUACAACGUCAACUGCGAGGAAAUUAUGACAGCUCUUGACGAGUGCCACGCCCGUGGCUUCAUGUGGAAGGUCUUCGGCAACUGCAAUGAUAUCAAGCGUGAGGUGAACCGCUGCCUUGCUGCUGAGCGCUAUGACCGCGCUAAGAACAACCGGGAUAUCGCGCGCAGUAACCGACGGAAGAUCGAGGAUAUCUGGGCGAAGGAGCGGGCUCUGGAUGCCAGUGCUGUGCAGGUCCCUACCCCUCCUGCUACUACCGAUGCUUCUACGGAUGGUACCAAGCAAUAA